AUGGCAGCCAACUACUGGGACUCCACCCAGGCCAAAUACUGGACCUUCACGAAACCCGAACUCUCCGAACUCCGGCACCAACUCACGCAGCACCACCAACCCACCGUCUCCAAAUUCCACCUCCCCGACCGACGCCACCUGAGCAUCUACAUGCAAACGAACCUCAUCAAGCUCGCGCGCCGCCUCAACCUCCGCCAACAAGCCCUCGCCACCGCCCAAAUCUACAUCAAACGCUUCUACCUGCGCGUGGAAAUCCGCAGGACGAACCCUUACCUCAUCAUGGCCACGGCCAUCUACCUCGCGUGCAAGAUGGAGGAGACGCCGCAGCACAUCCGCCUCAUGCUGGGCGAGGCGGCGCGGCAGUGGCCCGAGCUCGGGGUGACGGAGACGAGUAAGAUUGGGGAGUGCGAGUUCGCCGUGAUUUCCACGCUGCAGAGUCGGCUGAUCUGCCAUCAUCCGUAUCGGGCGCUGGGGGAGUUGCAGGGGACGUUUGGGUUGGGGACGGAGGAGGGCACGUUGGCGCAUAAUAUUGUCAAUGAUUGCUUUAAUACUGAUUUGCCGCUGCUGUAUGCGCCGCACGUGAUUGCGAUCACGGCGAUGUUUUUGGCGGUUGUGUUGAGGCCGGCGGGACAGAUGGGUGGGAGUGCGGCGCAGAGUGCGCUGGCGGGGUUUGCGGGCUUGAAGCAGGCGGGACCGAAGUUGGGGAAGAUGGUGGAUUGGUUGGCGGAGAGUGAGGUGGAUAUGGAGGCGGUGAUUGAUGCGACGCAGGAGAUGGUGAGUUUGUAUGAGUGCUGGGAGGGGUAUAGUGAGCGGGCGUGUAAGGAGGCAAUUACGAAGUUCAUGCGGGAGGGUAAGUGA